AUGCCUCGUGUCGAUUUUUUCACUAUAUUGCCAAACGCGUCAGCGGAAGCUGUUGAUUUGUUAGGAAAGAUGCUUGCUCUAGAUCCUGAUGACAGAAUUUCCGUUUCCGUAGCGUUGGAGCAUCCGUAUGUACAGGAAUGCCGCUAUCCUGAAGGAGAACCUAUUGCUGAUCAUAUCGUUGAGGUGGAUGCAAGUGAGGAGGCGGCGGUUACACUGGACGAUUGGAGAGAACUAAUUUGGGAGGAAAUCCAGAUCUUCAAUGCUAGCAGCUCUCAUAGAGAUUCGUUGGACAACUUUGAUAGCACUUCUACGCUUUUUAAGGAACAAGACUCCAGUGCAGUGGAUAAGAGCGACUGGAGUGAUGAAGAACUGAGAAAAGUAAUUUAG